AUGGAGGAGACAUUAACGACGGUGGAUUCGCCGGAUGUGAAGACAGUGGCCCCGGUUCCUGUAAUCGACUGGGGAACCUACUCCUUUAGCACCACCGUCGCCACCACCACCACCACCACCACUGAAAAAGCGGCGUCUUCGGGUUCACUGGGUGUCGGGAUCAUUGUGCUAAUUGUGUUCCUGGUGCUCCUGUGCUGCCUGUUCGUCAUCUGCCUGCCGAUCCUCUGCUUGUGCGGCUGCUGUGGAUUGGCCUGCUCCGCCUGUUUCACCUGUGGUGGAGACGGAUGUUGCGGUGAUGGAGGUGAAGGUGGCGGAGACGAUUGUUGUGGCGACGAUUGUUGUGGCGACGAUUGUUGCCAGGGCGGCGGCGGCUGCGGCGACUGCGAUGGAGGGGACGAUUGUUGCGAUUGCAAUUUAGACGAUGAUUAA